CGCCGCGGCCUCCGUAGCAGCAGAAGGCGGAGGGAACAUGACUGGUGCUUGACGUGGAAUAUUUCCGUAAAGAGACGAUGGAGGAGUAGCAGCGUGUCGCCCCCAGCCAUCCCUAAGCCAUCCCGUCCUCAACUCACGUCUAGACGGGCAUUUACACCCUGAAUCCCGCUCGUGUUUGGGAGCACCGGAGCCGAGAAAAGCAGCUGUCUCUCAUAGACUGAUCCCUCCGCUCCAAGCUACAAUCAUGAUAAAAGCUAUUUUAAUAUUCAACAACCACGGGAAACCAAGGCUUUCUAAAUUCUACGAGCACUAUAAUGAAGACACAGAGCAACAGAUCAUCAGGGAAACCUUCCACUUGGUGUCGAAAAGAGAUGAAAAUGUCUGCAAUUUCCUAGAAGGAGGAAUGUUGAUCGGAGGGUCAGACUACAAGCUGAUCUACAGACACUACGCCACAUUGUACUUUGUGUUUUGCGUCGACUCUUCAGAGAGUGAACUAGGAAUUUUAGACUUAAUCCAGGUAUUUGUGGAGACGCUGGACAAAUGCUUUGAGAAUGUCUGUGAACUUGACUUAAUUUUCCAUGUAGACAAGGUCCAAAAUAUUCUGGCAGAGAUGGUGAUGGGCGGGAUGGUCCUGGAGACCAACAUGAAUGAAAUCAUCAUGCAGGUGGAUGCCCAAAACAAGAUGGAGAAGUCCGAGGCCGGCAUUGCAGGAGCGCCUGCUCGUGCCGUAUCAGCUGUAAAGAACAUGAACCUCCCGGAAAUGCCCAGAAACAUCAACAUUGGUGACAUCAGCAUAAAAGUGCCAAAUUUACCCUCCUUCAAAUAGUCUUGAAUCUACAGAUGUCAGCUAAUGUUUACCAUAAAACAACCUGUUUACCGACACCUCAAAUACUUUUAUCAAAACUCUUCAUCUUCAAACGUACUGAGUGAUUUCACAUUCCUUUUUCUUCUGGUACUAUAUCUUUGUUUUUCAUGUUCAAGAAUGUUUCUGAUGUGUAUUUUUUUCUUGUUUGUUUUUGUUUCUUGUUUGGAAGGAAAAAUAAGUAUUUAUUUAUCAGUGGUACAUUUCUUCUGCCUCACUUUGGUUUGUCUCAUUACAUUCAGCUCCUCCAGGACAGGUCUGCAGCAGUUUGUAACUGAAAUUAUUUCACUUAUGCAGGUGUUUGUUCAAAAAGAGGGAGCAUGAUGGCAGGCAUGUGUGGUUUUGGAAAGUUUUACUCGUUUGGUUAUCGCAGACUGGAGAAAUCAAUCAUCGGAGAAAAGUAAAUGAAACUGUUCCAAAACUGCAGAAGGUCUGUCGCAGUGUUAAGUUAUAAAAUGCUGAAUAUUAUUAUAUAACAUUACAGAUACUGUAUGCUGUGUGAUUAAAUAAAUUACAUAUAUAUAUAUAUAUAUAUAUAUAUAUAUAUAUAUAUAUAUAUAUAUAUAUGCAGUUUAUUUUUUCUUUGUUUUUUCUUGUUUGUAUGCUAAAUAUUUUAAGUUAUGUUUUAUCAACAAUUUAUCUUAAUUUUCAGCUGUGCAUGAUUUUUUUUCUUUUUCUUUUUCAACAAUAAAUUCUUUAAAAUCAA